AUGUCAAAUGGUAGUGCGAUACUUAAUCCAACGGACAAGAUAGUGGAUACGAUCUUGCACGGGAACAACAACUUUGUAUCCACGCUCGAUCAUCUCCCCUGCGAUAUUAUACGAUGUUUGUGGGUCGUUCAGAUGAUGAACUUGCGUAACGUCCGACUGCAAAAGAGGCUGGGCGAACUACUGCAAAAUCCUGAACAGCACGCUGCGGAAAUAUCUAGACUCAAUAGAAUCAUCCUACGAAAUUCGUCCGAGGCAGAAUGUGAAUCAAAGUACGCCGUGAAUAUAUUGAAUACGCAUUUGAACACGCUUCAGGAUGACAGGGAAAUCUACGCAGUGUUGAGACAGAAGCUACCCGGGUGGACCAGUGAGGCUGUUGAACAGAGAUGGAAAGAAUGGGGUUUUUUCAAGAAGACGUUUUUAGAAAGGCAAAAAGAGGCAAGCACUCUGGAUGUCUUCAGCACGUUCAAGGUUGAGAAUGAGACUGACAAUGCGGCAGUCUCUAUAGGACAAAGAAAAGAGAAAAGCAGCAGCAUUGGUGGCAAUAAUAGAGGGGGAGACAAUAGCAAUGGAACCAAAAAGACAAACUUGAAAUUAAAGUCGAGCUUGAGCAGUAUUGCCAGUGGUAGUGGAGCUCUAAAAAUAAAAUUGAGCUUGAAACCUCCUGAGUUUGGGCCUAGCGGGAUCAAAAGAAAGGCAGACCUCUCCAUAUUGAAAAAAGGCAAGGUGCUUGAGCAUGACAAAAAAAGAGCAAAGAAGAAGAGCACGACGGAUGAAAAUGACACUAGGUUGCCAAUCGAUUUGAAACUAAUACCGCCCCCACCUCCAGCUUCAGAGGUCCCUGUUGAGGAGAAAGCUCCUCUAGUUCCCGAUGAACCUCAUUACUGCUUCUGUGGCGGACCUUCAUUCGGUCGUAUGGUCGCCUGUGAGAACGAAAAGUGUCCCCGUGAAUGGUUCCAUUUCAAAUGCGUUAACUUGGUACGAGAGCCUGAAGGAGCGUGGUUUUGCUCGAAAACGUGCGAGGAGCAGCAUAGGUUGGCAAUGCUACGCAAAAAGAAAAAGAAGCGGAGGAAUUGGUAG